GAAGGGGGGGUCUGAUCACGUGACAUGGGCGGUGCUUGCGUGGGGCCAGCCAGAGCGUGAUCGGAGCCGCCGCUGAGGCCCGAGCCGCGGGAGCCGAGCGACGGUAGAGCCGAGGCCGCGGUGACCCCGCUGAGCCUCCCGGGCCGCCGCCAUGGGCAUCAAAUUUUUAGAAGUUAUCAAACCUUUCUGUGCAGUUCUACCAGAAAUUCAGAAACCUGAAAGGAAAAUUCAGUUUAGAGAGAAGGUAUUAUGGACUGCUAUAACUCUCUUCAUUUUCUUAGUAUGUUGUCAGAUACCACUGUUUGGAAUCAUGUCAUCAGAUUCUGCAGAUCCUUUCUAUUGGAUGAGAGUUAUUCUGGCAUCCAACAGAGGAACGCUAAUGGAACUGGGCAUCUCCCCAAUUGUAACGUCUGGAUUGAUUAUGCAGCUGCUGGCUGGUGCCAAAAUCAUUGAAGUUGGGGAUACACCCAAAGACAGAGCUCUGUUCAACGGAGCCCAGAAACUCUUUGGCAUGAUAAUCACCAUUGGGCAAGCCAUUGUGUAUGUCAUGACGGGGAUGUACGGGGACCCUGCGGAAAUGGGUGCCGGGAUCUGUCUCCUGAUCAUUUUUCAGUUGUUUGUUGCUGGUUUGAUUGUGCUGCUGUUAGAUGAGCUGCUACAGAAGGGUUACGGCUUGGGGUCUGGGAUUUCCCUCUUUAUUGCCACCAACAUCUGUGAAACCAUUGUCUGGAAGGCCUUUAGUCCCACUACCAUUAACACUGGCAGAGGUACUGAGUUUGAGGGUGCUGUGAUAGCUCUGUUUCAUUUGUUGGCUACCAGGACAGACAAAGUCCGAGCCUUAAGAGAAGCUUUUUAUCGCCAGAAUUUACCCAAUCUCAUGAACCUUAUUGCCACCGUUUUUGUGUUUGCGGUUGUUAUAUAUUUUCAGGGAUUUCGUGUUGACUUGCCUAUUAAGUCGGCCAGGUAUCGAGGACAGUACAGUAGCUAUCCCAUCAAGCUCUUCUACACCUCGAAUAUUCCCAUUAUUCUUCAGUCUGCCCUCGUUUCAAACCUGUAUGUUAUUUCCCAGAUGCUGUCUGUUCGAUUUAGUGGCAACUUUUUAGUAAACUUGCUAGGACAGUGGGCCGAUGUCAGCGGCGGAGGGCCCGCGCGCUCCUACCCUGUCGGAGGCCUGUGUUACUACCUUUCUCCUCCUGAGUCCAUGGGUGCGAUAUUUGAGGAUCCGGUCCAUGUCGUUGUGUAUAUCAUCUUCAUGUUGGGGUCUUGUGCGUUUUUUUCUAAGACAUGGAUAGAGGUGUCUGGUUCUUCAGCCAAAGAUGUAGCCAAACAGCUGAAAGAGCAGCAGAUGGUGAUGCGGGGUCACAGAGACACCUCCAUGGUUCAUGAGCUCAACAGGUACAUCCCCACCGCAGCUGCCUUCGGCGGCCUGUGCAUCGGCGCCCUGUCCGUGUUGGCUGACUUCCUAGGCGCCAUUGGAUCUGGCACUGGAAUUCUGCUUGCAGUCACCAUUAUUUAUCAGUAUUUUGAAAUAUUUGUGAAGGAACAAGCUGAAGUCGGAGGGAUGGGUGCUUUGUUUUUCUAAAUGUUCAGGUACUUCUUAUGGUGUGAAAGGGAAAAUAUUUUGACACAUUGUUUUUUGUCAAAAAUGCGGGUUCCCCUUUUGUUCCUCACAGUUUGUUUUCAAGUGCUAACUGUCCCAUCUGUGGAAUGGGCGCCGAGCUAAGCCUGUGUGCAGCAUUGUACCAGCUGCCUUAAAACCACAGUUUACAUUACUCGUGUGAGACGUGCAUCUAGGCUCCUGCACUGCUGGGAACCGGUCUCUGCCUGCUGUGUGAAACCACGACAGUCAGACGGUGACAUGGGUUAGCUUCGCACACAACAUCCAGAACACCGAAUCUCCUCCCCUUGUUUAAAAAUAAAUGUAGUUCAAAUUGCCACUUUCCAGUAUUUUUGAGCUUAUGUGAUGAGUUCUGGAACAUUUGUAUCUAAUCUAUAUUUUAGAUAAUUACUUUUUAUACUUUUUUAACUCAUAGUAUCCAUGUUCCCUUCCCUCCCUCUCCAUCCCUGUCCACUCUUUAUUUCUCUUUUCCCAAAGCAGCCACUUGGCCCACAUGGACAAAACCAAGCACUUCAGUUAAUUCUGUUGCUAGACAUGACUGCUUCUGACUCCGCUCCCUGUUGUUCCGUCCCUCCCUCUUCCCAGGGACAGCAUCACCUGUGCUGUCUGACCGUAUUGGCUAUGCCUUGUAAUUCCAACCACUCACUGGAGAAUACUCUUUCAAGACACUAGCCCCAGUUUUUUUUUUUUUUUUUUUUUUUUUUUUUUUUUUUAAUCCUUAAUGCAAAGAUUGAAUUCUCAAGCAAUGUCUGUAGUUCAGUGGGGGUGAACAAGGAGUAAUUCAUGCUAGGAAUUUGUGUCUUUUGUUGUACUAUAGCAGCAACAAGUGUAAACAGUAGACAAUAAACUUUUAUUUAGUAAGACUGUUGCAGUUGUGUUGGAAAAAUAAAGGAAUCUGAUAUUAAA